AGACGCCAGCUUGUGACGGGGAGGGGGAGGAGGAAGGCUUCCGUAAAAGGUGCCUUUCGGUCCCUUCGCUCCCGGAGACCCUCGGAAAACGCCCACCAUACCGACCCCGCGGCUAACCCCUCCCUCAGGCUCUCUCCGCUUGAUUUCGCACCGUUAUGUGGGAAGCGAAUCCGUGAAAUGGCCAACCAGUGUGAGGAGUGCUGGGAGAGGAGAGCGAAUGUCCGGACUAGUUAACGGCACAGCUGAGUUUACAUUUUAAGUCAUCAUCUUUAUUAUCCACUUAAGGCACAGAAGAAGAUGUUUCACAAGUCAGAGGAACUCUUUCCCAAGAAGAUGGAGAGUGACGUGGAUGACAUGGACACCUCGGACACACAGUGGGGCUGGUUCUACCUGGCGGAAUGUGGGAAGUGGCACAUGUUUCAGCCGGAUACCAACAUUCAAUGUUCAGUUAGCAGUGAAGAUAUCGAAAAAAGCUUCAAAACAAACCCUUGUGGCUCCAUUUCCUUUACUACUUCCAAAUUCAGCUACAAGAUAGACUUUUCAGAAAUGAAGCAGAUGAACCUCGUCACUGGAAAACAACGCCUAGUAAAAAGGGCUCCUUUCUCCAUCAGUGCCUUCAGUUACAUCUGUGAAAAUGAGGCCAUCCCCAUGCCAACACACUGGGAGAACGUGAAUACAGAAGUUCCCUACCAGCUGGUCUCCCUGCAGAACCAAACGCAUGAAUAUAACGAAGUUGCCAAUCUCUUUGGUAAAACAAUGGAUCGGAAUCGAAUUAAAAGGAUUCAAAGGAUUCAAAACUUAGACUUAUGGGAGUUCUUUUGCAGGAAGAAGGCUCAGCUCAAGAAGAAGAGAGGAGUCCCCCAGAUCAAUGAGCAAAUGCUGUUCCACGGCACCAGCAGUGAGUUUGUGGAAGCGAUUUGCAUUCACAACUUUGACUGGAGAAUCAAUGGUGUACACGGUGCUGUCUUUGGAAAAGGAACCUAUUUUGCUAGAGAUGCCGCGUACUCCAGUCGCUUCUGCAAAGAUGACAUCAAGCAUGGUAACACGUUCCAGAUUCACGGGGUCAGCGUGCAGCAGCGACAUCUGUUCAGAACCUAUAAAUCCAUGUUCCUUGCUCGAGUACUAAUUGGGGAUUACAUAAACGGAGACUCCAAAUACAUGCGACCUCCUUCCAAAGAUGGGAGCUACGUGAAUUUGUAUGACAGCUGUGUGGAUGACACCUGGAACCCAAAGAUCUUUGUGGUGUUUGAUGCCAACCAGAUCUACCCCGAGUACUUGAUAGACUUUCACUGACCCUGCUUUCCAGGCUCUGGUCAAAGCUUUGCUCUCUCAUUGCAGGCGGAUUUGGCCCCCUGUCUUCUAGCCGCUAAAUAUAAAUAUUGGAUACUUCUGAAACAGAUGCGGGAAAGAUGCAGCUGCAUAUGUAAAGAAGUACCAGCUGUCAGGUUGGUUAUGUGUUGUUCUGCUUCUGUCAGUUACAGUUUUGUUAAGACCAAUACUGUUGCCAUUUUAAUAUACAGCAAUGAGAGAUGCCACUUAAAACCAAAUGGGUUGAGUCUCAUUACCGAAGCCAGGCGGUCUUUAAAGUUCACAUGUUUGUGAUCAGGUCAGAUGAUUAUAGUUUGUGCUCCCCAUUUGGAGAACUGGCCCUUGAGUUUUGACAUUAUUGUCUGUCAAUGAGCAUGUCCCUUUGUUGGUCUUCUGAAAGGGGGGAGGCAUUUAAAACCCUGAAGCAGCGCCUGGUGCUCCAAGAAGAAGGAAACAAAGACAUUGUCUGCCAUGCUGGCAGCCAAGCUAGCAGAAGAGAGACCAAGACAGAGGGCUGCAGUUUCCACCAUUCUCACCUACCUCCCACAGGUGAGCUGACCACGGCUGCCCGUGGUCACCAGCUCACAGUUCAGCCCCCAUUGCUCUGUGGUUCCUGCCCCCAAAAUGUUUAUCUUCUCUUUGUUUUCCAGGGCCUGCAGUGAUCAUUCCUAAGAGGCUUUAUCUGUGUCUGUCCAUGCUCCCCCUCCCCCAACACACACCUAUAGCUGUUCCAUGGUGAUCCCUAAAAUCCACAUGUCUUAGUAGUUGGGUAUCUCUGUUUUGAAUGAUUGUGGAGAGUAUGGGAUGCUGGGAAGAAGUCUGGUCUCUUUAGAGUAGUGACUGACAGUUUCCAACGCCUGAGCAGCCGUCCAACUUAGAGUUGUGCCCAUGGCUUUGUGUGUCUCUCCGCUUACCUGCUUUGCUGUCUUGAAGAUGAAGUGGACAGCACCAGCUUCUUGCUCGUCGGUGUUCUAGCAGAGGUAAGACAACACCCAGGCGUGGUGCUGUCUAGGUGUUUAAGUAUUAGACAAGGAGCUGCCUGUCUGAUCGUCUUCCCAUUGCUUUUUCCAUGGUUCCUCAUGGGGAAAGAUCACUCCCCAAGCUGUUCACCCAGAACCUUUUCCUAACUCUCAACACUGCGCUUUGUCUCUGUUGUCUCACCCAGCUUUGGCUGAGAGAAAGUGAGCACAAUUUAGCAUCUAGAGCCCAUGCCCGUAUUGUUCUCUUCUACCAUUUGAAUUGGGAAGCACCUCAAAAGAAUGAAGACAUGUGUAGAAUAUGAUUGGGGAUGGCGAUUCUUUCAGCUUGGUAUAUUGCCAGAUUUUCCUUAUAGCCCCGAAUAUGUGUAACAGCACAGUGGGUACAUAAACAGCACACGGGAAGCUGUGUGCACAGUCCUUUGGGAGCUCUCUGGCAGUAAUGACUUCCUGGCUCCAAUGUGUAGGUCCACUAUUGGUUUAAGAAAGGACAGAAAGGACACAUUUUAAAGCCACCAGUGGUCACUGCGGCAGUGCCUGGAGGCGAAUUGGCUAGACUACCUACCUUCUCACCAGAACCAUUGUUAGAGGCAUUCGGCAUUUAGGAUCUAAUAGUCUCUGCUAGCUAAGUUCAUGCGAAGUAUUGGAGCCCCUCUUCUUUCUAGGCAUCUCCCCCGUUGUCCAUGCAUACUUCUCUCAAUACUUGAAUGACUGUUGUAGUUGGGGUUGUUUCCUUUUAGACUUGUGUAUCCGUGUCAAGGUGACUGAGAAAGUAGGCAGUCUGUACAAUCGGUCUCCUUCGUUGGUUUGCAUGAGGAAGGCAGGGCACAUCCCAGGGCGGCCAUCAGGCAGCCCUGCAUUGCUGCUGGACUGCCAGCCCCUUUUACAGGAAAGAUGUGAUUUUGAUACAUGUUUUAAAUAUAAUAAUAUAGAAUUCACUCAUGUUAAACUUUAACUUGUUUUGUCUGAUAAAUGUAUAGUAGAGCAUUGUUUCCUCUGCUCAUUGAGUCCAGUGGGAGGGGAGAGUAAGGGAAGCUAUUACAUAGAGAUGAGCUGUGUUACAACGGUGGCUGAAUAAAUCCCAUUGAGUGCAAACUUGUCUUUUCCCUGUGUGGAGUCUAGACUUGGGGUAAAAAGAAUUGUGUUUAUGGAAAACAUUUUCCUAAAUCUUUUAUCUCCCACCAGGAACAUUGAGAUUAGUGGAUCAUUUUAUUUCUAGACUGGUGGUGGUGGCAGUGACAAUGGAAAAUUCCUAUAUUUAAUGUUUUGAGUGUAUUGUUUUCAUAAUUGUUGAUUAAAGUUUU